GCAUUAAUCACAGCCGGAGAGGAGCGCCCGAAGAGCGCGUGUCUCACCGGUUAUGUCUCAUCUGAGGACGGGACGGUAUCAUGGGCGGAAGAAUUCCCGCUGCGUAACGAUGCUUUGUGAGCAGUUGAAAGGCGAGACAUGUGCGCCAGAAAGGCUGCGCCUCGUCUCGCCUAAAGCCAACCGGCGCCCGCUCCUGAGCAGCCGGGACAGUCGGGACCGGACAUUUUUUGCAAAGACAGACACCAGAAGAAGCAGGAGACCCAACAUGUUCGAAGCCUCGGGGAUCCCUCUCAUCCUGCUGGACAUUUUCUCUCUCUUCCUCGUUGGGCUUCCAUUUUUCAUCCUCACCCCUCAACACAACCCUUUCAAACGGGGUUUCUUCUGUAACGAUGAGUCCAUCAGAUACCCUCUCAAAGAGGACACCAUAUCCUACCAGCUGCUGGGAGGAGUCAUGAUCCCCUUCACACUGAUCGUGAUUGUCUGUGGCGAGUGCCUUUCCGUUUACUUGUCUCGCAUCAAGAACCAGUCAUUAGGGACCAAGUAUGUGGCGUGUGUCUACAAAGCCGUGGGGAGCUAUGUAUUUGGAGCUGCUGCUAGCCAGUCUCUGACAGACAUAGCCAAGUACUCCAUCGGUCGUCUGCGGCCAAACUUCCUGGCUGUUUGCAAACCAGUCUGGGAUCGCAUCAACUGCAAAGCUGGUGGAUACAUCGAGAACUUCACCUGCACUGGAGACACGUUUCUGGUAGAUGAGGCCAGACUGUCCUUCUACUCUGGCCACUCAUCCUUCUCUAUGUACUGCAUGCUGUUUCUUGUACUAUACAUUCAAGCCAGACUGAAGUCAGAAUGGGCAAGGCUUCUGCGUCCCACCAUCCAAUUCUUCCUGAUUGCAACUGCUGUGUACGUGGGUCUAUCCCGGGUGUCUGACUACAAACAUCACUGGAGUGAUGUGCUCACUGGCCUCCUGCAAGGGGGUUUAGUGGCUGUUCUCACGGUGUUCUGUGUGUCCAACUUCUUCGAACAGCCAGUGGACGCGGUGGUGUCACAGGAAGAAGAAGCCUCGCCGACCAGUUUACAGGACAACCCUUCCAGUUUUAACCACUAUGGUAGCACUGACUGAGUCUGAGGCCUCAAAGACAAUUCUGUAUAGGGCCUCUGUAAAACACAUCAAUGGGCUGCAAGUCUUUCAUAUUAACUGCAGGCUGUUUCUGUGCAUUUCUUCGACAAAGUUGGCCCC